UCCUGGGCCCCAUGGCGUCCGAGAAGGUGCUGCGGGAAGGGGUGCUGGAGAAGCGCAGCGGGGGCCUGCUGCAGCUCUGGAAGAAGAAGCGCUGCCUGCUGAGCGAGCGGGGGCUGCGCCUCUUCGAGGCCAGCAGCCGGGGCUCGACGCGCUGCAAGGAGAUCGCCUUCGCGCACGUCAAGGCCGUCGAGUGCGUGGAGUGGAAGCAGCGGCACAUCUACUUCACCGUGGUGACGGACGGCGGCGCCGAGAUCGACUUCCGCUGCCCCCAGGAGGAGUCCGGCUGGAACGCCGACAUCACCAUGGCGCUGGUGCGCUUCAAGAACCAGCAGGCGGUGCAGAUCGUGCGCGCCAGGCACAGCUGCAGGGCGGCAUUUCAACAAGAGGCAGCUCCUGCCAGCCAGAUUCUGGUGAAUGGGUCAAAGGAACCAGGCCCUCAGCUCAACAUAGAGAGAGUAGAAGAGUUGAUGACUGUGAAUUCAGCUGCCAAUGGACAGAAGGCAAUUUCCAGCUGCAACUGAAUGUGGACCUCUUAGUUCUUUUCUGUGGCAUCCUUGAAGGAAAAUGAAGUCACGUCCAAAACACCAGCAAACAUGGAUCGCAAGUAUAGCUAGAAUGGGCUUCUGUUUUCCUACGGUGUCUUUGCUGUGAUGCUCACCAGCUUUGGCCUCUUGGCAAGGUCUCCUACUAAAAUGCUGUGGACAGAUAGAUUGCUUUUCUACCGUCAGUAGCCUUAUCUAUGGUGAUGCACAUGUAUGGACCUUGUAGGAUAGAGUCAAGACUUAGUAGCAGCAAAUCUGACAAAAGAAAAUAAUUCUGUCAUUUGGUAUCCCACCAGCCUGGAGCUGGAUAGGCAUUGCUGGAAUUAACUGAACCACAGGGAUUGGGGAGGAGAAACUCCUUACUCAAGCUGAACAUGCCAGCCACCAUCUGAUGACUUAGAAGCUGAAAGAGAGCAUAUCUCCUUGGUGAACUGAGUAGAUGACCCGGAAGGAGCAACGGUGAGCCUUCCAUAGUGAUUUGAGAAGUCACAUGUUACCAGGAAGGUGCCUGGAGGACUGAAUGCAGAAACUGAAUACAAAUCUAAGCACCUUAAGAAGGAGCACAUGUAGGAUUUGCUGGGGGGAGGGGUGCAGUUCUGAGAUGCCUUUAAAUGAGCUGCCUCCUUGAGGCCCUUCUGCUCCGAACUACAGAACAAGGGGAGUACUGAUUGAGCCACUGUCCUAUCCUGACAGCCCAUAGGUCCAGCUCAGUGAAUCACACCUUUGCAACCUUCUGGAUCCAUUGCAUUUGAAGCAUUAGUUUGCAACAUUGCAACCUUGUUCAUCUAUUGCAUUAGAUGCAUUAGAUACUGUUAGCAGGAGUGGGGAUGUUGCAAGGAUUCAAACAGGAGUGCUCAGAAAAGUGAGCACUCCUGUUUGAAUGCACGCAAGCAAGAACAAAGUGAGCAGGGACCUGCUCAUCUGUGAAUGCCACUGCCACCUUCCUUGUCCCCUGCUCCAAAGCCUAUUAAUUGAGUUUAGGGCAUA